AUGUCAAAAACAAAUUCUGAGAAGAUAGCUGGAUUGGAGGCAGGUGUUGUAGCCCUGGAGCAGGAUCUUACCAAGCUUCGAGAGGAAGCUGACCUUGCCAAGAAGGAGAAUGCUGCACAAUUCACAGAAGUCUUGCAAGAUAUCAAUAACUUGACGAAAACUGUGAAAGUGAACACAUUAGUGGAUUUAAGUUCACUUGUUUUCUUAUGUAGAGCCAUUUCUAGUUGGCAUAUAUGUUGGGCAUUUUCUAUCUAUUUGGAAGCUGUUGCUAUUCUCCCACAGUUGGUUCUGCUGCAGCGAAGUGGAAAUGUUGACAAUUUGAUCGGUCAAUAUGUUUUCUUUCUUGGGGCAUAUUGUGCAUUGAAUAUUCUCAACUGGAUUUGUCGGUAUCUCACACAGCCCCAUUUCAAUGGAUGGAUAUCCUGUUUCUCUGGCUUAAUACAAACAACUCUUUAUGCUGAUUUCUUCUACUAUUACUUCAUAAGUUGGAAAAGCAAUUCCAAGCUUCAAUUUCCAGCAUGA